GCUGAAGCUGAGAAUGGUUGGGAUAGUGACAUGUCUGCUAUUUUGCUUCUGCUGCAUCUGCUACCACCAUCUGCACAAGGACGAAAGAGGCCGGGUAAGAUGUCUGCAUCUCAAGCAGUGGAUCACCUCAUCAGAUUUCUAAAGGUUGGAACCAGUGUACAGCAGCAUCUUGACAAAAUCACGCAACGUACCCAGCCCUACCUCCUGGUCCAGGGAUCCAUCCAAAGCAGUAUUCACGCAUUCUUCAUUGUGAUUGACAACUAUGCUAUUCCAUGUAAGGCAACAUGUUCAGUUGGAGCUCUUGAUGAGCUCUUUAAGGCCCAUUAUGUGUUUGGUACAUCAUACAGUGCUCCCUUGACCAACUUCUUCACCUUUCUCCAAACAACUGUUUACAACAUAGAUGUUGGAGAAACAAAGGAAACACCCAGAGUUGCAGAGUUGAGAGCAAGAACGCUCCAUUAGUGUGACAUCAAACAAUGAAGUGUUUUAUCUGCAAAUGUGACAGUGAUGCACCAAACAGCCUUGUUAAGCACCUUAAACUAAUCCAUGGUCUUUGUUCUGGCAGGACUCUCCAUAUUAAAUGUGGUCAAGUAGGAUGCUCACGUUCUUUUGGUAGCUUUUCUGGUUUUAGAAAGCAUCUAAAUAGAUGUCAUCUUAGUGGUUUAUUUGAAUCUGUAGAAGAUGGGGAGUUUUCACCUUACAAAAAUGUUCUGGACACAAGAGAUGCCAGAGAUGUUGAAAUGGUGACUGAAUCUUUAGAGGCUGACACAGCUUUAUCUUCAACAAACAUUGUAAAUAGUUGUGCAUCAGUAAUUUCAGAUAUGGAGGCUGCAGGUGUUGGCCAAAGUUUGGUGAAUUCUGUUGUGAUUUCCAUGGAAGAGAUUGUAAAAGACAUCCAACAUCACGCUAAAGAAACUGUAAUAAAGAAUGUAUUUAGCAGUGAAAGAGACACUGUAAUGUGCAAGAAAGUUGAAGCAUGUUUUGAAGAACUUGAGAAUCCUUUCACAAUUCUUAACUCGGAAUACAAAAGAUCUAAAUUUUUGUCAGGCAAGUGGGAAACUGUAAAACCAAUUGAAUGUGUAAUUGGAUCAAGAUUUGACACUAGACGAAAUAAGAAGACGGGAACAUAUGAUCAGGUUGUAGUUCAAGACAAGUUCAUGUAUGUUCCAAUUCUAUCUACUUUGGAGUCUAUAUUUAAAAGUCCAUAUUCUACUGAAAUGUUGAAAAGCUCAACUUUUGAUGACUCAACACUUAAAGAUAUUUAUGAUGGAUCUUUUUUUAAGGGUCAUCCUUUGUUUUCAACUGAAAAGCACUCAGUGCAGAUCCAGAUGUUUUAUGAUGAUUUUGAGGUAGCAAACCCUCUUGGUUCCAAACGAGGUAUUUACAAAUUGGGUGCAAUAUAUUUUACAUUACGUAACUUCUCUCCAAAAUGGAAUUCUCUUUUAGCUAACAUACACCUUUGUGCCUUGUUUCAUGCACAAGAUGUUAAACGGUAUGGCUUUAGUGAAAUUCUUGCACCUAUUGUUAGAGACAUUAGAGUUUUGGAAACUGAUGGAAUUUUUAUUCCACUGUACGGUUGCCAUGUUCAUGGGAGUAUUGUGCAGGUGACUGGGGAUAAUUUAGGCCUACAUAGCUUGUUUGGUCUGGUUGAGUCUUUCAGUGCAAGGUAUUGUUGCAGGUUCUGUUUGGCUGAAAAAGAUGACUUCCAAACAGAAUUCUCCGAAGAUUCUUCCAAAAUAGUGCUGCGCACCAAAGAAAUGCACACUGCACACUGCCAAGAAAUGGCUUACAAUCCCUCUCUUCCUCAUAUUUUUGGUGUGAAGCGUUCAUGUAUUUUAAAUUCACUUAUGUUUUUUCACACAACUGAAAACUUCUCAGUUGAUGUGAUGCACGACAUUUUUGAAGGUAUUGGCCAGUACGAGUUGAAAAUUUUGUUUGAGUAUUUUAAAGAACACAUUACAUUGGAGGAACUGAAUUUGAGAAUACUAACUUUUGACUAUGGAUUCAUGGAGAGGAACAACAGGCCAGUGGCUGUGAAUUUAUGUGGAGAAUCGAAUGAUCUGGGACUAAAUGCAGUUCAAUCAUGGUGCUUGCUGAAGAAUGUUCCUCUCAUGUUUGGAGAUCUGGUAACAUCUGAUAAUCCACACUGGCGCCUCCUCCUUUUACUACUACAAAUUGUAAAUAUUGUUCUUUCUCCAAUGUUAACCCAAGGUCUCUGUGUAUAUUUAAAACAUUUGAUUGUGGAUCAUCACAAACUGUUUAAAAAGUUGUAUCCACAGAAAAAACUUUUACCAAAGCACCAUUUUCUCAUCCAUUAUCCUAGGUGCAUUCAGAAAAUUGGCCCUGUACUUCAUAGCUGGUGCAUGCGCUAUGAAGGUAAACACAAUUUUUUUAAGAAACAAUUAAAGUCUUUUAAAAACAUUACGAAAACACUCGCUAAAAAACAUCAAAAUUAUAUGGCACAUGUUUGGCAAGCUUCAUCAACUUUUAAUCGAUUGGACAUUGGACCAGGGAAAAUGGUAUCUUUAAACAUGGUAAAAGGAGGUUCUGACAUUUCUGAGGCAGUGCAAGUGUCUCGUGAGGUUCAAGUUAUGAAAGUGAACUGGGCAAAACACAGUGGAUUUAUUUACUGUCCUCAUCUGGUUAUUUGUGGCAAAGUUGAAUCUGAAAUGCCUGUCUUUUACCAGAUCAAGUCUGUGUUCAUAGUUAAAGACAAAUUGUUGCUGCUUACAUUGCCUUUAUGUACAGUAACUUUUCAUGAACAUUUUCAUGCUUAUGAAGUUACUAAAAUGAUGCAAGGUUUUGUUGUGUUUGAUGUCAACCAUCUAUGUUAUCCGAAGCCCUUUGCCAUACAAAUGUCAUAUGAAGCAAAUGACACUGCUCUCUUUGUUGUCCCAUAUUGCUAUCUUUGGUGAACAUUGUUUUGAAGAUGAUUAAACUGACACUGUUAAAGUAAUUAUGGCACUGGAUCAU